CGACAGGGCUAAGGGCGGGCUUCCUUUGCUCCUCGGUCCAAAUCGAAAUUCCUUGUGAAGAUUGCCAUUCGAUCUGGCCGUUCGAUGACAGCAAACUGGAAAUCUCAGCCAAUUCUAGUUCCAGCGAUUGGAAGCUUUGGAGAACACAGGGCACGAAGGGCAACCGCUCAGCAAAGACGGUGGCGCGUAGCUCCCUCCCACCAGAACCCAACAGAGCCCUCCCGGCCCCCUUCCCCUUCUCGAACUUGUAAAACCCUUGCAGCCAAACGUUCCCCACGCGGUUUUGCCGACGUUUUUGAUCUGUUAGGGCAUUUUGCCGAAACACAUUGAGCUUUAUAACACCGCCGUCCCCCCCCACCCGAGCCAGCUUUCUUCUUCACGACUACAAUUCUGUCUUCGCCAUCACACAUCAUGGCCUCGCAAGUACAGCAACCGCCAUCCGGCAUGGCCAAACCUCUUGAGCCGACUCGCAAGAAGUACGAUCCCAAAAAGUCUCACAUCACGGAGGAGCCAAUUACGAAAUCCAACUGGUACAAGCAUGUCAACUGGUUGAACGUCACCCUCAUUAUUGGGCUUCCCAUCUACGGUCUCAUUGCGGCAUACUGGACACCACUCCAACUGAAGACGGCCGUCUGGGCAAUUGCAUACUAUUUCAUGACUGGUCUUGGUAUCACCGCCGGUUACCACAGACUAUGGGCACACACAUCAUACUCUGCGAGAACACCUUUGAAGAUUUUCCUCGCCGCCGUUGGAGGGGGAGCAGUUGAAGGUUCAAUCAGAUGGUGGUCGAGAGAUCACCGGGCACAUCACAGAUACACCGACACCGACAAGGACCCAUACUCCGUUCGAAAGGGUCUUCUCUACUCGCACAUCGGAUGGAUGAUCAUGAAGCAGAACCCAAAGCGUAUUGGUCGAACCGACAUCUCCGAUUUGAACGAUGACCCCGUCGUUGUCUGGCAACAUCGCAACUACAUCAAGACCGUCAUCUUCAUGGGAAUGAUCUUCCCCUGCCUCGUAACCGGUCUUGGAUGGGGAGAUUGGAUGGGUGGAUUCAUCUACGCUGGUAUCCUCCGAAUCUUCUUCGUCCAACAAGCCACCUUCUGUGUCAACUCCCUGGCACACUGGCUCGGUGACCAGCCAUUCGACGACCGCAACUCUCCCCGUGAUCACGUCGUCACUGCUCUUGUCACUCUUGGUGAGGGCUACCAUAACUUCCACCACGAGUUCCCUUCAGACUACCGCAAUGCCAUCGAAUGGCAUCAAUACGACCCGACAAAGUGGGCCAUCUGGGUCUGGAAGCAACUCGGCCUCGCCUAUGACCUGAAGCAGUUCAAGCAAAAUGAGAUUGAGAAGGGUCGUCUCCAACAAUUGCAGAAGAAGCUCGACCAGAAGAGACAGACUCUCGACUGGGGUAUUCCUCUUGAGCAAUUGCCAAUCAUCGACUGGGAAGACUACCAGACUGAGGCCAAGAAUGGCCGUGCCCUGGUUGCUGUCGCCGGUGUUAUCCACGAUGUUACCGCCUUCAUCAAGGACCACCCUGGUGGAAAGGCUCUUAUCUCUUCCGGUAUUGGAAAGGAUGCUACCGCCAUCUUCAACGGUGGUGUCUACAAUCACUCUAACGCCGCACACAACUUGUUGUCGACAAUGCGUGUUGGUGUUAUCCGAGGAGGAUGUGAGGUAGAGAUCUGGAAGCGAGCUCAGCGCGAAAACAAGGACAUCUCAUUCGUCAGCGAUACAGCCGGCCAGAAGAUUUAUCGCGCGGGUUUUCAGGUCACUCGUAUCGCUGAGCCUGUUGCGUCAGCCGAUGCUGCGUAGGUUUUCUAUGUCCGUUGCGCGUAUGUGCAUGGAGCACAUUUAAUGAGUCAAUGACAAGGGCUGUCUGGCUGAAAAAAUUGCAUCUGAUGUGUUUCCGAGCGUGGGCUUUGUCUAUUAGAAUGGUGGGCGUUUGGACGGGUGCGUUUUGUUGUACUCAGAAAGAAGAUACAUUCGAGCACGCUUUCUGUAUCAAGGCUUUGGCCAUUUGAGGCUUGGGGGGAGAAGAACGAACAAAUCAUGCCUGCGGGCUAUAAACAUAUUCGA